AUGGCUGAGCCCCGUCUUUUAGUUCUGGGCGAUUCUUUUAUUCGCCGUUUGCGCCUUUUCCUGUCCCGUGAUUCUUACCAUUCUAGCGUUGAUUUCAAGUUAUCUCACCGUGCCUUUAUAAAAUGGCACGGAGUCGGUGGCCGUACGGUUUCCAAAACGCUACAUCUUGACUUGAAUGUUAUCGAGUCCUUUCGACCGGAGAUAGUUAUAAUGCAGUUGGGUUCCAAUGAUUUAACAGACUCUGACCCUUUACAUGUUGGCUCAGCUAUUGAAGAUUUUGUUAGGCUAUUGCAUGACACCUAUGGUGUUAAAAUUGUCUGCGUGUGCCAGACCAUCAUGCGCCAGGGCGCAGUGGUCUUUAAUCGUAAGGCCAAGCUGUUAACGAAAUACCUUCGGGUAGUUUUAGAGCCUAUACCUUAUGCUAUCUUUUGGGGCCAUAGGGGGUUUUGGCGCCCGACU